CCGAAAAGGGGCACAAUCACGUGUCACCGUCUUCAGAUUGGAGGACUUGAUUUGCAAGCUUCGAUUCGAGAUCAUAGGAGAAAUGAGUACGACUUAAUCCGACCAACGGCCAAGAUAUAAGAUCUUGCCAGCCUUGUGAGGUCAUCUAUCACGAGUAAUUUCUCAGCAUCCUCUGGAGCGUUGGUGCCUACCCCGCGCCAAAGUUACCCCACCCCACUCGCCCGAGUUACACCCGAUGGCGACCCUUUCGACAUCAUAUAAUAAUCCAACUCCAUCACAAAGACGAACUUCUCAGUUCAAACUAUUGAACAGAAGAUAUCAACAUGGUACCUAAACUACCAUUUGAAGUCAAGAACCCUUCUCUCUUCAAGGACAAGUCACUUGUUGGUGGUGAAUGGGUUGAAGCUGGAUCCGGGAAGAGAUUCGAUGUCAUUGACCCGGGAUCGGAUAAAGUUUGGGCCUCAGCUCCAGACAACGCAGCCGAAGAUGUCGACGCGGCAGUCAACGCAGCUCACCAGGCUUUCCAGACUUACAAAAAGGUCAACCCACGAACCAGAGCCCAAUGGCUCUUGAAGUGGGAUGCUCUGAUCCGUGAGAACAGAGAUGAUAUUGCUCAUAUUGUCACUUAUGAGACUGGCAAGCCUCUUGCUGAGUCCCAGGGAGAAUUGGACUACGCUCUUGGAUUUACUUGGUGGUUUGCCGGCGAGGCGGAGAGGAUCACAGGAACGAUCCAGACCCCUUCCGCUCCAGGAAGAAGAGUCUUCACUGUGAAGCAGCCCAUUGGUGUCGCUGCAGCUCUUGUGCCGUGGAACUUCCCCAUCGCUAUGAUUUUACGAAAAGCUGGAGCCGCUCUUGCCGCUGGUUGCACCAUGAUUGUGAAACCAUCUCCUGAGACUCCACUUUCCGUCCUGGCUUUGGCAGAGCUCGCUAUGCAGGCCGGAUUUCCAAAGGGAGUUUUCAGCGUCCUAACAACAAGUCUUGAAAACACUCCACCUUUGAGUGAAACUCUUUGCCGCCAUCCAUUGAUCAAGAAAGUUACAUUUACUGGAUCUACUCGUGUUGGCAAGUUAGUCGCAAAGUUGUGCUCAGAUGGCUUGAAGAAGGUCACGCUUGAACUCGGAGGAAAUUGCCCCUUCUUGAUCUUCGACGAUGCAGACCUGAAUCAAGCAGCCGAUGCACUAAUGGCUCUUAAAUGGCGACACGCCGGUCAGGCUUGUAUUACAGCCAACCGUGUUUAUGUUCAAAAAGGAGUCUACGAUAAGUUUGCCGAAAUCUUGACACAGAAGACCUCGAAAUUGGUUGUUGGUCAUGGUGCUGAGAAGGGAACUACCAUGGGGCCAGUGACUACACCACGAAGUCUUGAUAAAGCUCUCAACCAGGUUGAAGAUGCUAAGAAGUACGGUGGUCAAGUCAUCCUUGGUGGUGGGAAGAUCAUUGGCAAGACUGGAUACUUCUUCGAGCCAACAAUUAUCUUGGGAGCCAAGAAGGAGAUGUUGAUCACAUCGGAGGAGACUUUUGCCCCUGUCUUGGCACUCUACUCGUUUGACACCGAGGAGGAAGCUGUAACAGCUGCUAAUAACACCAGCAUGGGAUUGGCUUCAUACUACUUUACUAAAAACAUCGACCGAACCUGGAGGCUUUUGGAAAACCUCGAGGCCGGAAUGAUCGGUAUGAAUACUGGCAAUGCCUCCGCCGCCGAAUCGCCAUUCGGAGGUAUCAAAGAAUCAGGUUAUGGAAAGGAGUCUGGAAAAGAUGUUGCCAUCAACGAGUAUCUGAUCACGAAGACUGGUACUUUGACACUUGAUGGCCAUUUCUAACUGCUAGUAUCUAAGUACAUGAACGAAUAAUCGCUUCCCUCACAAAAAGAAAAUACCUUCAAUUCUUGC